AUGACUAGCAAUGACCGAGGAUCAUCAGAUUAUAAUAAGAUCAAUCGCGAUAGGUUAGAUUUAGACUCUCCUAGAUGGGACCAACGUCAUUAUGUCGGUAGACUGAAGCACUUCUUUACCUCAGCAAAUCCAUUCAAUAUAUUCUACUCUGAUGCAGCGUUAGAUUCUUCCAAAAAAUUGAUCAGCGCUUAUAAACAAGGCAAAGAGCCACCAAAUACUACUGUAAAAGAGUUAUGGAAAGCAAAACAAAUUUAUGAUUCCGCAUUCCACCCUGAGACUGGUGAAAAAAUGAUUCUAAUAGGGCGCAUGUCAGCACAGGCCCCUUGCAACAUGGCUAUUAUUGGCUCCAUGCUAACAUUUUAUAAAUCAACACCCGCCGUUAUUUUUUGGCAAUGGAUUAAUCAGUCAUUUAAUGCCGUUGUUAAUUAUACUAAUAGAAGCGGUAAAUCGCCUAGCUACCGAGAACUUUUCUUUCCAUACUUCUUCGCUACGACUGGUGCAGUCACUACAGCAAUUGGACUAAACUCAGUAGCUCAUAAAGCUCCACCAUUGGUCGGUAGGUUUAUUCCAUUCGCUGCUGUAGCAGCUGCUAAUUGUAUUAACAUUCCGAUGAUGCGACAAAAAGAACUGUCUGAAGGGAUAUUAGUUAAAGAUAAGGAUGGAACCUCUAUUGGAUACUCAAAGAUAGCUGCUAGGAAUGCUAUUGCUCAAGUUGUAUUUUCUAGGAUUGCUAUGGCGUCUCCUGCAAUGAUUUUAUCACCUAUAGUAAUGAAUUUCUUAGACAAGAAACCCAGUAUUCAGAGAAUGCCUUAUGUUCGCGCUCCUAUACAGAUUUUAUUAACCGGAAUUUUAUUAACAUUUAUGACACCUGCUUGCUGCGCGAUUUUUCCUCAAGAAAGGCAACAUUCUAUGUUAGUCUCUCACCUGGAGCCGGAAUUGCGAAAUCAGAUGAAUCAAAGAGGCGAUAAGUCACAAUAUGUUUAUUUUAAUAAGGGUUUAUAA